AUGGAUACAAUACUAUUUGAAGGAGUUCUGGAUAGAUAUAAUGGUAUUACUGUGGACUCACAAAAAGAACCAUGUGAAACAGAUCAAUUCAUAAAUCAAUUAACAGAUUCACUAAAGAAGUGGGAGAGUCAGGGUAGGAGAUGCAUAUGGUUUAAAAUUGACAUAAAAGAUGCUGGCUGGGUUCCUGCUCUUGCUAAAGAAGGCUUUAACUUUCACCAUUCAAGAGACAGUUUUGUAAUGAUGUUCAAAUGGUUACCUAAAAAGAGUGCACCCAAUUUACCCCCUGGAUGCUAUACAAAUAUUGGAGUAGGUGGAUUAGUUUUCAAUGACAAUAAUAAAAUACUUGUGGUAACUGAACAACAUUACGACUAUCCUCAUUGGAAAUUGCCUGGUGGAUAUGUUGAAAGAGGUGAAGAUAUUAAAGAAGCUGCGGGCGAGUCAGUGGCGCUGAAUGAAUAU